AUGUACCUUGAUCGUCUGCAACAUAAAUAUCAGCUCAUCGUCUACGAUUUGGUGCAACGGAGCAUGGUUCGGUCUUUCAGAUUGGGUUAUAAUUUUCAAUAUAGAGCAUUUGACUUCGAUAAAUAUCCCACGCACGUCCGGAACCUUAAAAACUAUGCAUUCAAGGCAGCCGUGAUACAGGAAACUCUGCAGGAAUUCGGCCACGUCUUCUGGGUGGACACGUCGUUUCGGAUGUACGGCAAUGAAAGUUUAGACACUUAUGUGCAGGCGAAUAAAGCGCACGCUGGGUUGACUGUCUGGAAAAGUACAUUCAUGCAGGCGUGCUUUAUUCAUCCGGGAAUGUUCCAGUUUUUCGACGAACAAGCGGAAGACUUCGUUAAAUCUCAGGCCUACGCAAGUGGCGCCAUCUUGGUGUACAAUUACCCUGCCACGUACAGGGCGAUAAUGCUACCAUGGCUUGUCUGCAGCUUGGUGGAGAAGUGUAUUUCGCCGAAAGGAGCGCGUCUGUUUCCGUGUGAUUUCAGUAACAGGGAUACAUCCAAACACUGCUGUCAUCGCUAUACGAUCAGGCUGCACUGGGUCUGAUACUGGAGAGAGUGUUCCAUUUCGACACAUCACUUUAUAAUCCAUCCUCUGCGCGUUUACACCGAUUCGAACGUAUUGGGUCGAAAAAGAGGUCACAUUAAAUACAGUUUACAACGGUACUUUAUACGACUUCCUGUAUGUUAGAUUAUACGUUUAGAGGACACCCCUGCCACCUACAGUUACUGCUCACGGGUUUUGUCUAAUAACGACACGAAGAGUCAGGCAAGGAAGCUAACGUGACUUUCCGGGGCCAUAAACCCCUAGGUACCGCGUAGCAGGUUCACUUCCCUGUCAUGGCAUUACAUGCAGUCGAGACGCAUGCGCGCGCUUGAGUUACGUGCAAGCAUGCGUGUUUGUACACGGAUACUUGUGAGCCCCAGGGGU